CCGAUAUUUAUGCGUUCUUGGGUGCUCGAUGAUGUUUCCCUUGUUAAGAAGCUCUGCCAAGAUCUCUACUUUCCUACAGAGCCACUCUCUGUUGGUCAUCUCACCAGUGCAUAUGGCAUUCUCCACGCAAUUUGCAAGGAGUUUUGGUUAACAAAACAUCCACUGUGUAAAUCCUUUGAUCUUGGAGUACAGGUGGCAACAUGCGCGCGAAAUUUUGACGCUGGGCUUCAAACCUACGAAAUUGUUUCUCAGCCAUCCUUCCUGACAAUUCUGGCUCUUACCUUGGGUGUUAUAAAGGCACAUUCCGAAGCCAAAUCGUUCGUAUGCUCAACUCUUCUCUCCAUUGCGAUUAGCCAUUGUCAGCUUCUCGGAUAUCACAGGGAAGUUACGUACAGCAAUAUUUCGCCGGUUGAGUCAAAUAACAUGCGCCGCGUCUUUUGGACAUUAUAUGUAUUUGAUCAGAACAUUUCACUGUUGUUCGGACGACCUCCCAAGCUACACGACAGCGAUAUAGACACGGAGCUUCCUGCAAUCGCGAAUAGCUUCAGUGCCCGGCCGUGGGAUGAAUCCUUCAUCGCCUUUAUUAAUCUAGCCAGACUGCACAGCCAAAUAUAUAGAGGCUUAUAUUCCAUCCAGGCUUCUAAGCAAGCACAAUCAAUCAAGAUACAGCUUGCGGACAGCCUCUCUGCAGCCCUUCGCCAAUGGAGAUUUGACGUAGAUUCGAUUGACGCAAGACAAGCCGACCAUGCCGAAAUCUUCGAACUUUCCAAAGGCCACUGGAAGCUCAUAUACCUUUCCACAGAAACACUGAUUCUACGAGCGCCGUCGACUGGUGAUGCAAGAGCCGAAAUCAGUUCUAAAUGUCGUCAAGUAGCCCGCGAAUGCCUCUACAGCAACAUUGAAUGCUUUGAGAGUUAUAGAAAUCAUGGAAUUAUUCCAGAAAAUGAAUAUGCCAAUUCUUUUCUCCUUUUUACGUCCUUCACCCCGUUUAUCAUCACUUUUAUCCACGUUAUUAAAGCCUCGAGUACAGAAGACUUGUGCCUUCUAGAACAGAUGGUCGGUAUUUUGCAGAAGAUGCAGGAUGCGUCGCCAGAAGUAAGCCGUCUAUAUCAGAUAUGCUCGGCAUUUCUGCGUCUGGCAUCCGAUUUCGUGAAAGCAGGCGUGACGCAACCUGCAUCCUUGGACAGUCCAAACAAUUUAAUUUUACAACCGAACGAGGUAUCUUGGCAGACACUGCUUCAACCGGAUUUCUUGCGAGAACUGCUUGGGGCGGAAUUCAUUGGCACACAGGCGGGGGCUAUGGCUUUGGGACAGGAGUUUGAUGUGCCCUCCAAUGUUAUCUAG